AUGGGUGUCACUGGGUUGCUACAGCAACUUAAAGAUAUCCAGGAGAAAACAACCUUGUCGAAGUACAAAGGUAAGACUUUGGCAGUAGACACCUAUGGCUGGCUCCAUCGCGGUCUCAUCUCAUGUGCCCAAGACUUAUGUACUGAUGCUCCAACAAGAAGUUAUAUUACCUCGGUUAUGAAAAAGGUCGAUAUGCUUCGAUACUUUGGGGUUGAACCUUACAUGGUCUUUGACGGGUCGCUGUUGCCGACCAAAGAAGCAACGAAUGCCGAGAGAGCCGCGAGAAGAGAAAAGGCUCGGGAGGCUGCCAAUGCGUAUACUAAAAAGGGAGAUAGGAAACUGGCAUGGAAAGAAUAUAUGAAGGCUGCUGGAGUAACGCCUGAAAUGGCGAAAUCGGUCAUGGUGGAGCUCGAUAGGAAACAUGUCAAGUACGUUGUGGCUCCGUACGAAGCCGAUCCACAAAUGGUUUACCUUGAAAAGAUAGGCCUUGUGGACGGUAUCUUGUCGGAAGAUUCCGACUUGUUGAUCUUCGGUUGCCAACGUCUCAUCACUAAACUUAAUGACUAUGGAGAGUGUGUUGAGAUUGAUCGUACUAACUUUGAUAAGAUCAAGCGUCCUAAUCUAGGUCAGUUUACUCAAGAACAGUUGCGCUGGGUAGCUAUUCUUUCUGGCUGUGAUUAUACUAAGGGCCUUCCUGGCAUUGGGCUCAAGACUGCCUUUAACCUCAUUCAAAGAUUGGGCUCUAUCGAGAGAGUCGUCCUUUGGCUACAAGCAGAGAAGAAAGAGAUUCCAGAAACUUUCCUCGAUGAAGCGCUCAAAGCUACUUUAGCAUUCCAAUUUCAGAAAGUCUUUGAUCCAAUGAAUCAGGCUUUGUCAACGUUACAAGAAUACCCUGAAGACCAUGACAUGGAUAUGGAAGUCGUGGAACUUUGUUGUGGAAAGACUCUUGAUACACACGUCCACUUCGGAAUCUGUAAUGGUAAAUUGCAUCCAUCCACAUUUGACACUUUGAUGUCCCGAGAGCAGAACUUGGCGACAAAAAGCUCAUCCAUGGUUAUGACAAAGACUAAGCAUGAUACUGGCAUGAGGAAAGCAGAAUCUUUCGGCGGAACUUUGACGAAGGGGAUAGAAAGCUUCUUCCAGGUUGAUAAGCAGGUCAAGACAUCUAAUCCAGAGAAGCGUUGCGAUCCGGGAAGAGUCGGCGAGAAGAAACUUUCUCCUACUAGCAAAAAGCUCAAACGCAUCACUCCAGAAUCGCUGUCAUCGAAGGGGGUCACUAGUUCAUUCUUCAAAUCAGCUCUCACCACUACGAUGAGUAUUGAGCCUACUACAGCUUUACAACCAAAUGCAGAUUCUAGCUUUCUUACGGGUGAUUCCGAUGUGCCUGAGAGUCUGUCUCCUUCCAAACCAUGUACAAGAAGAGUAUCCCAGCCACCUAAAGACGAUCCUGAGAGUCAAUACCUCACGGAUGUGGAUGACGACGACUUUGAUGACAAUCUUCAAAAUGAUCUUGCAACCAAUUCCAUCCUAAGGAGUAGUAUGGUACGACCUCCACUGGUCGCUUCCAACAAAUCUUUUGUUGAAGAGAAAGACCACGAGGGAUAUACCAACGAGAUUGAAGACUCGCCAGUCAAAUUACAAGAAGUGGGUUUGUCAUGGAGAGCCAAGUUUCUGUUAAAUUCAGAUCCUGGUUUGAAGAAGAGCACCGCUCAGAAAUUGAAGGUGUUUGAAAGCGAUACCUCUCUGGAUCCUGCAACACCUGAUGAAGAAGAUUUAAGAUUAAGUGUCAGCCAACCUAGCCAGCCUAAGUCACUGCAAAAGGAAGAAUACAUCUUGAGUGAGAGUGACAAGGAAAACGAGGAGAUCCUUCCUCCAAGAAGCACAGGGUUCAAAUUACUGAGAUUUGCCUUUACUGGUCAUUGA